AGAAAAAUUCAUGGUUAACAUUCCUGAACUUAAUGUUAGUCCUGUACAGGGAAGCAUCGGCAAAAGUAUAACCGCACUAGGCCUGAUAGAAUGCGCUUGUAUGUGUGACUCUGAAGAGUUCUGUGAUGCAAUUUAUUACAACCAGUCAUCAAGUCGAUGCACAACGGUUCACAAUCAGACUGAUAAUUAUUCAAUUCAAACAGAGAUAUCUGGUAUUUACUAUAGAACAAAAGAGGUUAAAACUUGUUCAUAUGAUGGCUACGAAUAUGCGUGGGAAUUAGACUUGUGUCUUAAGUUCUACAUUACCACGACAGAAAGAUUAUCUUGGUCUUACUCACGAACAAGAUGUCAAAACGAGGCUGGUGACCUAGUUGUAGUAGACAGUGAAUUCAAAGACAAGCUGUUCCUGUUAUAUCUAAAUAAAAUACACGACAUGACGUCAGUGAAACGAUGGUGGAUUGGCGGGAGUGACGUAUUAAAUGAGGGACAAUUCGAAUGGAUAUCUGGUCAGAACAUAAUGUAUACAAAUUGGGAUCCAGGACAGCCUGACAAUGCAUCAAAUGAUGGUACAACAAAUGCUGAUUGUAUGCAAUAUUUUUUUAGAACAAUCGAACAAUCUUUUGCGUGGCUUGACCUCCGUUGUGAUAGUAAUCUUUCCUCUAUUUGUGAAAGUGGGGCAUUUAUUUAAAGAAGUAUAUGGUGACGUGUGAUUAUAGCACUCCUCCGUUGAUAUGGAGCACAAGACAAUUUGAAAACUGAUAGCUAGAUUCAAAUUUCUUGUUUAAUUUUGAAUAAUUUUUAGGUUUGCCGCAUCAGAUUAAUUAUAUAAUAAAUUGACGAUUUAUCAGCUUUUUAAGAGAGUUUGAACCUCAAGACCGAAAAUAGACUACCCUUCUCUUCGUCUUUCGAUUUUGAAUACAUUUGUUUUAACCAUGCGAAACUGUGUUGUUUUUCAUCAAUACUAGUAAAGCUAUUAUUGUAAAUUUGCAAUCAUUUCAGCAACAAAAUGGUAUUAUGUUUUUUCUAACAUUGAAGUGGUUUAGCUUUCUUUGUCGGUGAAAGUUUUAAUGUUCACUCACCAAAAAUAUACGGUAUCCCCUACUUGCACUUGAUAAACAGUGAUAUUAUAAGAAAACAGCUUGAAAAUGUAAAGGCAUUUAACUGAUGAAGUAUCUUCUAAACGCCAUAAAAGGAUAUCAGCAUUUAAGAAAGGCUUGGAUUAUUCAAAUAUUCCAACCACAAUCAACUAAUAAUCUGCUGUCAGAAAAUUACAAUCUGAUUACUGUGCAUAUUCGAAAGACUUUUCCUUUAUCAAAACCAAUUUGAGAAAAUGUUAUACCCAAUUGCAGUUUGAAUUCAUAUCGACACCUGAUGAACUAGUUAAAAGUCUUAGCUUAUUUCUUAGAUAAAAAGUUAUUAGUAUGAAGCUAAUGCCGCGUAUUAAAAAUUAGUAUUCUUAUCAUACGAAUCAUGUGAUUGACAUCUGUUAUGACAAAUGCAAUUAGUCAUUGUGACUGCCUAGUUAUAAGGAAUACUAGUUACAAAAGUAUUAUUUUGAUCUUUGGACUUCCAUCCUAAUGAUAUUUUAAUAAGUAAUGUGUUCUAAACAAAAUGUCUAAGGUUAUCUUACUAUUAUCAUAUGUUCUGAAAGGAAAACGUAAAUUUGUGAAAAUGUUAUAAAUAAGUUGCCGGGUGUUCUGAUUGUUUGGUAUAUAAAGAGGAAAAUAAA